GAAAACCACACCUUGAAAAUAAAAGAAGAGUCUUUCCCAUGCCACUGGAAAGUCUGGAACUUAAAACCUCAAAAAAAUACCGAUACCUCUUCCUCUCUCUCAAAAGCCAACCAUCCCUUUCACCAACCCAAAAAAGAAAAAAAAAACCCUUCCUUUCACUCCCCUGAAGAAAAGUUUUUGCUUCUUCUAAAACCCCUCUCUCUCUGUCUUUGUGCCUUGAAAUGAUGUCAAGUAGCAGAGAAAGAGAAGACCCAUUAACUUUCUCCGCAAACCCAUCAUCAUCCUCAUCUCCAAUCACAGUUUCAGACCACCUUGAUAGCUAUCUCCAAGACCCAACUUCCCACAUCGGAAGUGCUUCUGGAAGUUACUCGAACGAGGGUCUCUUAGCUGUUGAGGCAGCUGGUCCCAGUAGCAGUGAUGUUGAGUUUGGUUUCUUAAGGCCUGACUUUAGACAGCAAACUCCAAUCUCUGGCACUGUUCAGUUCUAUCAACGCCACGUCUUUCUUUGUUAUAAAAACCCGUCCGUUUGGCCUCCUAGAAUCGAGGCUGCUGAGUUUGAUCGUUUGCCUAGGUUGUUGUCUGCUGCUGUUUUGGCUAGGAAGACUGAUAUGAACAAAGAGACCCGCUUAACAAUAUGUGAGGGACAUGAUGGAACUGAGACAUCAAAUGGAGAUGUAUUAAUAUUUCCAGACAUGAUUAGAUACAGGAGAUUGACCCAUUUCGAUGUUGACACGUUUGUUGAAGAAGUUCUUGUCAAGAAUGGUGAGUGGCUGCCUGGAACUCCUGAAAGACUAGACGGAUCAUAUGUUUUUGUUUGUUCUCAUGGAUCCCGAGAUCGCCGCUGUGGAGUUUGUGGACCUCCACUGGUUAGCAGAUUCAAAGAAGAGAUAGAAUUGUAUGGUCUUCAAGGUAGAGUGUCUGUUAGCCCAUGCUCACACAUUGGUGGCCAUAAGUAUGCAGGAAAUGUUAUUAUAUUUGGAUCAAAUGUCAAUGGAGAUGUCACGGGACACUGGUAUGGUUAUGUUACUCCAGAUGACGUACCUACGCUGCUCGAGUGGCAUAUUGGGAAGGGAGAAAUUGUAGACUCGCUGUGGAGGGGUCAGAUGGGAUUAUCUGAAGAAGAACAGAAGAAAUUUCAAGAAGAAAGGCACUUAGUAAAUGGUGAGACCACUACAGAAGGAAGCACCAAAGAGGCAACUCAAAGACAAAUAGAUGAGGUGAACACAACUGCCCGUAGGUCUCAAGAUGAGCUUGUAAGCUGUUGCCAGGGAAAUGACAGUGCUUGUUGUCAUGACUCCGUGGUACCUGAAAAUUUGGAUAUUCUGGAUACUGACGAAGGUGCAGUAAAGUUGACACCUGAAAAGAGAAAAGGCAGCAAGAAAGUUAUUCCAAAGUUCACUAGUGGCAAAGCUGCUGCCGUGCGCAAGGUUUGUGCCAAGCCAACAUGGUUUGAGAGCUGGGAGCAUGAAGAUACGUAUGCUGCUCUUGCUGUUGUUUGUGCUGCUGCAUCGAUUGCAGUUGCAUAUAGCUGCUAUAAACAGCUAAGUUAGGAAUCUGAUAUGAUAUUUGCAUUCUUUAAAUGUGAUGUUUUGGAGCAGCCUUACGUGUAUGCUGAAUACCAAUCAGAUAAACUAAGUUGUGCCAUGUUGUAUUGCAUCUACGGAAAGAUCUAUGAAUGGCAUUGAGCUUGAAUCAUGAGUGUGAUGCUUAUAAGUA